UGGUAUUAUUUUUAUUCUGCAGUUGUUGCUAGCCUCUCCCAUUGUUUCACUCAAAACAGAGUGAAACUUUUCAUUGUAGAAGGCAAUCGGAGAAGCGAGGCUUUGUGUUACUGCGGCAUAGCCGGGAAGAAUUGGGGAAAAUGUUUACUUUGCCCAAAUUCAUCUCUACAUGUUGGCUUACUUCCAACCCAGGAUAUCUGAUGCCAUUAAAAUAACGGAUGUGCACCGUUGUGCGGCUUGCUGCUGUACUACAUUAAAGCUGCAUUCUGCUCCCAUUUACCCUGAGUCCUCUGUUUGACUGGAGAGAUUAGUGUUAAGAUCAGGAGUUUUUUUUACAGGACUGCAAAUUAGUCUUUCGAAAAGAACUUCGUACACAAACAUUGUGUUUUCCAGAAAAGUUGUCUGAAAUGCAGAAACUCCUGAGGCUGUUGCAGUAUGAACCAUGGGGUAUGACGUCAAUCGGUUUCAGGGCGAGGUGGAUGAAGAUUUGAUUUGCCCAAUUUGUAGUUGGGUUUUGGAAGAACCUGUACAAGCACCACACUGUGAGCAUGCUUUCUGUAAUGCCUGCAUCACCCAGUGGUUCUCCCAGCAGCAGACCUGCCCAGUGGAUCGCAGUGUUGUUACUCUAGCCCACCUUCGACCUGUUCCCCGCAUCAUGCGGAACAUGCUGUCCAAACUUCAGAUCACCUGCGACAACGCCAGCUACGGCUGUACGGCUGUGGUGCGGCUCGACCAGUUGACCUCUCACCUCAACGAUUGCGAGCACAAUCCGAAGCGACCUGUGACCUGUGAGCAGGGAUGUGGAUUAGAAAUGCCUAAAGAUGAACUACCAAACCACAACUGUACCAAACACCUUCGCACAGUGGUACUUCAACAACAGGGGAAAAUCGCAGAACUGGAGAAGGCUUCAGCAGAGCAUAAACAUCAGUUGGCAGAGCAGAAACGAGACAUUCAACUUUUGAAAGCGUACAUGAGGGCUAUCCGCAGUGCAAACCCAAAUCUACAGAACUUGGAGGAAACCAUUGAGUACAAUGAGAUCCUAGAGUGGGUCAAUUCAUUGCAACCUGCUAGAGUAACCCGCUGGGGUGGCAUGAUCUCCACCCCUGAUGCAGUUCUGCAAGCAGUCAUUAAGCGGUCUCUCAUAGACAGCGGGUGCCCAAUGUCCAUAGUCAAUGAUCUCAUCGAAAACGCACACGAGAGGAACUGGCCUCAGGGCCUGGCCACUUUAGAGACUCGUCAAAUGAACCGCAGGUACUACGAGAACUAUGUAGCUAAACGAAUCCCAGGGAAGCAGGCAGUGGUGGUGAUGGCGUGUGAGAACCAACACAUGGGAGAGGACAUGAUCAUGGAACCUGGUCUGGUGAUGAUCUUUGCUCAUGGUGUGGAAGAAAUCUUUUAGAACAAACAGUGUGUUCCUUUUUGUUUGAAUGAAGUUCAUAAUGAGAAGAAAGCAAGACUUGGCCUUGCCCUAACUAGAAUAUCUUCAGUGGAAAACGUAUUCUGCAGAGUCUUCACAUCUAUUUGCAUUAUGGACUAUUUGACCAAUGGCUUUUAUGCAGCUCAAAAGCUGGCUUAAAGAAUGAGAGCUUGCAGCUUACAGAACACUUGUCACAACCAUUUUUAAUUUAUUCUUCCAAGAUUAAAAGACUAAAGGCAAGAAGUACAAUUCUGAUGUCCAUUCCAGUUCCUGCUGCCACAUGAAAAAACUAGCAUUUGUGGCACUAUUUCACCUUACUGGUAGUGGUUUGUGUUAUGCUCUGAUACCUGAUUCACUUGUUUGUUUGUUUCUUUGCCUUGUUGCAAACAGAAAAUAGUGGACAAUAUUUCUAUUGUAGAAGCUGCUGCUAUACUGUGGUCGAGUGUAGGAUAUAAAAGUGUUUCUGUGAUUGUUUUGGAGGAAAAGUCUUUUCAGGUUGCUCUGUUUGAGCAGAGCUCACAGACAAACUUUAAAACAGAUUUUAGUCCUGUAUGUACUAUACGGCUUAACAUCCACUAAAGCAAUCAAAAUGACUCUGAUUUGCUGCAAACAAAACUGUCAAUGUUCAGGCAUGAUUAAAAAUGGUUUUUGCAAGACCCAAGUGGGAUGUGGGGUAAUAUGUGGAACGUGAAUAAUCACUUGAAGUGUGGUUUACUAAGUGCCCAGUCAGGGGGUGAGAUGAAUUGAAUUUGCAACUGCUACAGGGCAUUGCAAUUGCAUUCACUUUUUUUAAUUUGCUUUGACCCUAUACCAAUAUUAAUCACCUUUUAAUCUAAAUCCUACCUUCUCUUGGAUUUGCCUUGAACUGAAUUAUUAACCUUGAUGUCAAAUGACUUCUGAACAGAGUCUUGUGCAAGAAUGGCCAAAAUUGGAGUGAUGUGCCUCCAGUGGUGGAACAACAAAAAGAUUUGGCCUUUUUUAAAAAUAAAUGAUCCUGUAACUAAUCCUGCUUUUAAAAUCCUGUAAGUAUUUUAUUGUGUGAUGUAGUCAGGAUGCCAUCUUGAUUUUGAAACACCCUCUACAAAUACCUGAAGAGGUGUGUGUGUGUGUGUGUGUGUGCGCGCGCGCGCGCGCAAUGGAUAUCGAAUGCAUGAUUGCCGGCCACAAAGUUACAAUGAAGGCUGAGCUAGUACAGGAUUGCAAAAAAAAACAAAAAUGAAAGGGAUAGUAGAAAGCCCAAGUAUAAUGUGUACGUUUUUAAAAAGAAAUGUAAUUCACUUGGCUUUGUUUCAGUGGAACUGACUGAAGUAGGUAUCAGUACUUUAGUAACUACCUAAUACUGGACAUUUUAACUGACUUCAAAUGGGAGCUAUGCUUCCCUCCUGUCCCUGCUCCAGCUGCAAAUUAUUAUACUUUGACCCAAAGCAGCCAAGAAUAAUCAGACCAAUUGCCACUGGCAAGAGGUUUUGAAUAUGGUGCUUCAAAUCCUGACUUGAGGGGUAAGGGGGAGAAUGUUGUUAAUCUAUACAUUCUAGUUAGAGUUUAUGUUUGUACAUAUUUCGAUUUAAAAUCUUGCUGUUCGGGAAUUUUUUUUGCUUUGUCCACAAAUUGGUAAAUUCUCUCCCUCAGUAUUCAAAAUUUGAAGUUUACAAAAACCCUUGCAAGUGUGAAACAUGGUUUAACCUUUCGUUAGGGUUUGAAACUGGGUCUGUGGGAUUGAUUCAGUCCUGGGCAGUUGUUUUUUUUUUUAAAAGGUGAGUUCAGAUCCAGCAAAUCUUUAUCAUCGUCCCUUGUGCAGUUCCUAUGCCUUUCAAACUGUAGGGAAAGCUUGUCCAAUAUUCUUGAAUGUAUAUCAUUUUUGAGCACAAAUCUAGGAUUAUAUUGCUUGAGGUUUGUUUCAGAAGGCUAAUAAUUACAUUAUUUAUUUUGGGGUUUUUUGAGGUUAAAAGAGGACUUUGUGUUUAGACAACAUGAAGGAAUACUCUUUCUAUUCAAUUUGGGGCUGGACUCAGGAAUGUCAUAACGUCCAUCCAAGGAAGUGUCACACUUUUUUUUUCUCUCUCUCUCCAUGGGAUCCACUGAAGUGUCUAAACCUUGUGCCACCUGGAUUCUGUGUUGAAUGUUAUUCAGCAAGCUAAAAGCUAGUUUUACGUCUGAUUUCCGGUAAUAAUCAGUACAGAUAUUAUGUCCUGCAUCGUAAAUGCUCUUGCAGGGCUUAAAAUACAAAUUUAUGCACCAAGGUUUGUAGUAAACGACAUGACUGUGACAUUCCCCCUGCACAUCGAGGGACCUCAUGACCUGUUAUUUUUCUACAAGCGACUGGUAAUUUAACUGCAAAAAUGUGUUGAAGACUUGCCUCUCCAAGUUUAAGUUUUUUUUAAAAUAAUUGGUUUGCAACAUGUGUUACACAGUCCCCUUUUUUUUUGGAUGUUUCAGUUUGGAUCUCAACGUGGCUUGAUGUUGCUUACAAAAAUGAAACCUCCAGCUGGGCUAGGUACUCAUCUGGGUGGCCAUGGGCAGAAAGAUAGUUUCUGGAAUUAUUGUCUGGUUCUGCUUUUUUUUUAAAAAACAUCUUCUGUACAUCCUCCCUUCCUGAAAUUGAUCUGUGACAAAAAUGAUUGUGUGCCCUUGAUUAAGAUCUGUCCUCAUGCAGUCAGAAAGGAUUUGUCUUUAAAUCACCUGGUAAUGUGCCGAAAGCUAUAGUAGUGAUGACAGCUUACAAAUAAGUCUGUUUUCAUUUUGAGUGCCAAGUAAUCUGCCUAAUCAUAAAGGAGCUCUUUCCAUUUCCAGCUUUACAUCCUUGUCUUUGGGACUAAACAAAGCUACCUGAGAAUAUCCUCAUGGGAGAUAAUCUAUGUCUUUCUCCCUCUUUUUGUUUUGAAAUUUUCUUCUACUCUAUCCCUCCUUUCUACUCUCCUUCCUCCUCUCCUGCUCACACUCUCUGCAUAUCCCUGUCAAGGAGGAGCUGGUGGCCAUCUGGUCCCAAAUUGCUAUUCUACAUCUUAUUGAGGGGCUUUUGAGGGCAUUCCAGAUAGGCUUGAUCUUUUUGAUUUUUGAUACACUUUCCAGUUAUGGUCAUUGCUUUAAAAGCAGUUAGCAGUAGUACCCCAAUGUGUUUUGUCCCUCCAUAACCUGAGGAUGCUGAGGUCAACUAUAAUCUCUUCAAUUGCUGUCCAGUCUGAGAUUGACUGACUACCUCUGCUCAGAGCAGAAGUUUAAUUUCUUAGUUACAUUGGGGAGGAGGGGUAUGGAAAUCAUCUACCUAGCCUCUCGGACCUUUUUAAAGUAACUUCCAAUGUGAUAGAUGGAAAAGCAGAAUUUGGUCACUACAUUAAUCCUCUCGGAACUAUUGUCCUGCAGCAGCCAAUUGGAAUAAUUAUCUAUUGGAUAAUAUACAUAGAAAAUCAAAUAGUAUUUUAGAAACUGUUAUCUUGCAGUAAAACAAGCAAACUUAUAUGAAGUGUUUUUUUAAAAUGUUGCUCCAGAAAACAAUUCAGUGCUUUUUUUUUUAAAUUUUAUAAAGCUGUGUAUUGUCUCACUGUGCGUGUCUUUUUAAAGUGAACCUGAUUACACUACACAAGUUUAUUUUGUGAUUGGAGAAUGUUUGCAGUCCAGAAUUGACUCCUGUAGCUGAUUAGUUGUGAUGUAUUUGAAAAGCUGUGGCACUUGGUAUUAAUGAUGAACAAAACACUUUUUUUUUCAUAAAUUAUCUGUGAAAUAAAACUCAUAGUAUGUA